AUGGAUGCGCUGGCUCGGCUGCAGGCCCUGAUUCGCGAUGUGGAUGCCACCAGCUUACCUGUCAUGAUGGCAGCAAGCCCGCCUUUGGCCUCCCCGACAUCCUCACCCACACCGCCUCUAACCGAGGCUGAUAACCCCAUCCACUCUGCCACGAUGAACACUGCGGCCCAAACGGAUGUUUCUUUGGACCUCAGCCCGAUUGCUGCGCCGCCCCGUUCCCGCUGGACCUCCCAUCAGUCAGACGGGGCAACAACAAGUGCGGCAUCUCGGACUCAGUCCACAUCCAGCCAGCCCCCGAUCAAGCGAGUGCGACGCCUGCCCAACAGCCAACCUGUUCAGCUUUCAUCACCCGAUCAACAGCGAGAAGCGACGCAUUCCAUGCGUCCUGCGAUCCGCCAACCCUGCAAUAACCCCUGUACCCCUCCUACACAUCGCAAGCUUUCCAUUGAUCGCUUUGAAACCAGCUCCCCUGAAGACUCGGGUCUGGAGUUGUCCAUGACCAUCCACGCCCCGGCCUCCCGCCGCUCUGGGCAUCGGUCGAUGCGCCGCAGUCGCGCCAGAAGUUUGCCCACAGACCUACAGCUUAGCCCCGUGAGGCAUACAAACACCAGCACGCCCCCAACCAUCAAUGAGUCCUUGCUUGCGUUGCGCAAACGAAUUGCCUCGGCGGAGGAACAAGAGCUAGCUACUUCAACCCCUAUCAAGCACAUUGCCCUGACUCGCCGCCCCGUGUCCCCGACACCUGCCCACCUUGCCAGUCCGCACAUACGUCAAGCAUAUCAGUCCUAUUGUCAAGUCGUGCGCGAACAAGGCCUCGAGCCCCUGCCGCUCUCCGACUACUGCGGUCCACCCGGCACCAUUGACUUUAUCGUCGAUACCGAUGGUCAUGCCUCGGACGAAAGGAGUGAGCCGUGA